GUUACGCGCCUGUGCAGAGCGUUUUUGCGCGGUCCAAACGUUUCCGAUCCCAUCCAAUCCGAUCCGAUCCAAGGCAGCAGAUUCGAAAGUUUUACACCGCGUGCAGCCAGCUACAACAACAAUAGCCACAAUAAUAAUUCCAGCGACCGUUAGCUUGAACGACGGAAACGGAAAGUAAAAGCCGAGAUCGCGAGCAGAUUCAAAGGCAGACAGAGAUGGCCGAGACAGUCAACAACAAGCCGAGCAUACAGAUCCGCAGCGGACUGCCCUCGCCGCUGCCGGACAAGAGUCCCUCGCCGGCGGCCAAGCUGCUGAUCAGCCACGGCAAGCCCAACUUCACCAUCGCCCGGUCGCCCAAGAUCGAUGAGAACGGAAACGGAAAUGGCAACCCCCUGGCCGCCCAGCCCACCGCCAACAACAACUACAACGCCUACAAGAGCGCCACCAGCACGGCGGUGAAUCCGCAGAAGUUCAUUGUGGGCACCAAGUUCAACGGGGUCUUCAAGCCCUCGAAUGCGGCGGCCACCUGGGCCACCAAUGGCAACGGCUCCUCGGAGGCGGAGAACGAGGCGGCCAAGGUGGUGCUGCGUCGCCCCAAGCUGGCGGACUCCCCGCCACCCGCCGAGGGCGAGGACGAAAACGUGCCGGAGUUCAUCCGCCGCCAGCGACGCAUCCAGGAGCGACUGGCCAAGGAGAAUGUGCUGGACUUCGAGAGCAGGCGCAGCGGCUACUUCACGCACGUCAUGAUCUCGCCGGACUCGCCCAAUCGCACCUCGUUCGUGGAGACCAUGGCCAGUCCGGCCAUUGUACCCGCCCUCGAGAUUCCCGCCCCCGUGGCCGAGAAGGUGGAGGACGAGGAGGUCAAGCCCAAGGUGGCCGCCGUGGUCACCUCUGCUCCGAUCUCGGAGCCGGAACCCAUCGUCAGCAACGGUCACACGGAGGAGCCUGUCACCAAUGGCCAGGCGCAGAGCUCGGAGGUGGCACCCGAGGAGGUGGCCCAGGCUAUUGAGCAGGUCAACCAGGCGGUGGCUGGCGAGGAGGAGGAGCCAGAGGUGGUGGCUCAACCAGAGCCCGUGCCAGUGGCAGCUGAAAGGAAGGUGGAGGAGGAGCCCACUCCUGCCCCCGCUCCAGUGGAAGCAAAGGUGGAGGUGGUGGAGCCUGCUGCUCCUGUGGAAAAUGGCCAGAAGGAGGACGUGGCUCCUGCCACCAAUGGCGAGAAGGAGGAGGUGUCUGUCGCAGCCACCAAUGGCCAGAAGGAGGAGGUGACUGCCCCAGCCACCAAUGGCCACCAGGAGGAGGCAGCUCCAGCCACCAAUGGCCACAAGGAGGAGGAGCAGGCCAUCACCAUUUCGCACACCAAUGGCCAGAGCAGCGAUGGCCCCAGCAUACCCACUCCCGAUCCCAGCGGCGCCUUGGGAGUGAACUACGAGCCCAAGACCGUGGUCAGCUUCUCCCAGGAGCUGGGCGGCGGUGAGAACCACUAUCCCGACACCGUGAAGGUGGUCACCGAGGUGCCCGCCGCCGGCUCCGAGGGAGGAGAGCUCAAGGAGCUGGCCAAGCUGAAGUUCGACAUCAAGAGCGACGACCAGAACGAGGUCCAGGUGACGCCCGUUCUGAGGGCGGACUAGGAGAUCACCGCCUCUAGGAUCAGGAGUAGUGCAAUUUGUUUGUUAAACAAGGAACCGUCAACUAUAUUGUAUUGUAUUUUGUGUUAGCUGCUAAGUUGAUUACGAGAAAUGUUGCCAAAUUUAAUUUUAUGCUUCGCGCAUCAGUCAGUAUCGAGAGAGUGAAGUGGAGAGGAGAGCACCCAUCCCGUAGAGCCACCCAUGGAGGCCCGGUCCCCGGAGCGCGCUCUUGGGACUUGCUAAACCAAACUACGUUUAUUGCAAUAGACACCAUUUGCUUUAUUUAAAUAAAUUAUUAUUAUUGAGAA